AUGCGUGAAAUCGUGCACUUGCAAGCCGGUCAAUGCGGCAACCAAAUUGGGACGAAGUUCUGGGAGGUCAUCUCGGAUGAACAUGGAAUCCAACAAGACGGCAGCUACAAAGGCGACUCGGAUCUCCAACUUGAACGCAUCAACGUCUACUACAAUGAGGCUAAUGGUGGCAAAUACGUGCCUCGCGCCGUGCUGGUCGAUCUCGAGCCUGGAACAAUGGACACGGUGCGCAAUGGACCCUACGGAGGAAUCUACCGUCCCGACAACUUCGUCCACGCUCAAUCGGGUGCUGGAAACAACUGGGCCAAAGGACACUACACUGAGGGAGCCGAGUUGGUCGAUCAAGUGCUUGAUGUGAACACCGAUGAGACGUUCUGCAUCGACAACGAGGCACUCUAUGACAUCUGCUUCCGAACACUCAAGCUCAACAGCCCGACUUAUGGCGAUUUGAAUCAUCUUGUUUCUAUGACGAUGUCUGGUGUGACAACUUGUCUUCGCUUCCCUGGACAACUCAACGCAGAUCUACGAAAGCUUGCCGUUAACAUGGUGCCUUUCCCACGUCUCCACUUCUUCAUGCCUGGCUUCGCUCCCCUCUCGCCCAAAGGAACCACCCAAUACAAAGCUCUGACGGUCGCCGAGCUCACACAACAGAUGUUCGACGCCAAGAACAUGAUGGCCGCUUGUGAUCCACGCCAUGGACGAUACUUGACUGUCGCAGCAAUGUUCCGUGGAAAGAUGAGUAUGCGCGAGGUGGAUGACCAAAUGAUGCACGUCCAGAACAAGAACUCCGCCUACUUCGUCGAAUGGAUCCCCAACAAUGUGAAGACGGCUGUUUGCGACAUUCCACCUCGAGGAUUAAAGAUGGCUGCAACCUUCGUCGGCAAUUCAACCGCCAUUCAAGAACUAUUCAAGCGCAUCUCGGAGCAAUUCACUGCCAUGUUCCGUCGCAAAGCUUUCCUCCAUUGGUAUACUGGCGAAGGAAUGGACGAGAUGGAGUUCACUGAAGCCGAAUCAAAUAUGAUCGACCUCGUCUCCGAAUACCAACAGUACCAAGAGGCCGAAGCUGAGCUAUUUGAUCUGACUGAAAUGCCAAUUUGGGACAACUUUCGAGUUCUUUUCAACCGGAACCAUGUGUUUCUGGACGAGAGCCGCUACAAGUUCUGCUGUGGAUUGCUUCCUGUCGAGAUUGCUGCUUUACUGUUCUUCAUCAUGGAAAUAUUUGCUCUGGGCACGGCUUUAUCAAACGCCAGUAUGCACAACCAGGCAUUGACGUGGGGAUACUUCAUGGGAAUGAUUGUGCUCGUCGGAUGCAUUGUCACCACUCUUUUGGGAAAUCACAAGACGGGCAAAAUUGUUCUCUUUUUGCUGCCUGUAUUGGAUGUGAUGAGUGUCGGCUACUACUUGAUGGCCAUCUUGUGUUUCAAGGGAGCAUUUGAUAGUCCCCAUUGUGCAGCUGGUAAUGCAAGUUUCGACUCAAGCGCUCAAAAGGAUAUCAAGGGAAAUUUGCUUAUUGGCUCCCUCAUCUUCUUCGUCCCACUCUUCAUCUGGGAGUACUUGGUCUUCUAUCUUCAUUAUACUAGCCUGAAGGAGAAGCGUGGCAAAAUCGACGUCGAACUUUGCAAUGAGGUCAAGCUGAUUCCCAAACCUCAACGCACAAGUGUUGCUGUGGGUGAAGCCUUGAUGACCGACACUUCGCCAAAGAAGAACAUCGCUCCCCAGCGCGUCAAGAAGGAACGUCGUGGAGCAGCUGGGCCAUCGCAC